AUGGUUCCCGAAGGCGACGAGAAGAAAGCAAAGAAAGAUAUAAAUAAAAACAGCACAGAACGAUGGGAAUUGGUUCUAAGAUACCUGGCCAUGCCACUGGACCAAAAUCUAUCCAACAUUUCAACGACGACGAGGCAACUCUGUGAUGCUGCAGGUUUCACAGCUUCAUCUGAUGGUUCACCAGAGCUAACUUUGAGCGGGUUUCAAUUUCUCUUGCUGAGCCCGGUUCAACAAAUGUGGACAUGUGUGAUAGAAUAUCUGAAGCUGGAGAAGGCUAGGGAGCGCAAAGUGGUUGCAGUUUUGGAUUCGCAUUCUUUUAUGUGC